UUGAUGUUUACGUUCAGAUUUUGAAUUAGCAAGACUAGUGGAUAUUUAGUUCUAUUAUUGGUUAAAAUAUGGAUUCGAAUUCGACAGGCCCGCAGGAUUUAAGCAUAUAUGCGGCAAAGGCAGAUACCGCAGAGUCUCAUGAAAGUCGCAGGCAACAGUCCGAGCAGAUAACAAUCGCCGGAGAUGAACAGAACGGAAAUAGUUCCGCCCCGGAAAUAGUCAACCGGGAAUGGAAAGAGAUAACUUCGGAGUUUUUCGGUUGUGUCAAGGAACUGAGCCUCGGUGAAUUGAUUCACGACAACAUGUUCGGACUGUUCGAUGCGAUGUCCGCUAUCGAAAUGAUGGACCCAAAGAUGGACGCUGGAAUGUGCUGCAAUAAGGAAUCCACUCCGCUGAAUUUUCAAACCGCCGUGGAGAGUGGAAAAAUGAAGCUGUCAAAUUUGGAAAGUCGCGAAUGUAUCGGGAUUAUUGAUUCCGUAUAUUCCUGUAUUGUUUCCUGGCUAGAGGGUCAUUCGAUGGCGCAAACGGUGCUUACUUGUUUGUAUCUACAUCAUCCGAACCAAGUAGAGGACAAAUCGAUUAAAGCGUUUUCGUGUGCUGUACACAAGAUAGUCAAUCUAAUUCGAAACUUCAUACUCCGUGCUGGGGUGUACGAAGAGGAAGAUUUUCAGCCCAGCACAUAUGGCUUUGAUCUGUGCAUGGAACUGACGGAGGUUAAAGCAUGUAGUAUGCUGAAAAGUGCCGAAGAGGACUGGAUUAAAAAACUUAAGGAAACGGAAGGUGAAAAGGAAAAGGAGGAAAUUAAUGCUCUAGUUAGUCGGUUGAAAUUUACUAGGUUACUGCUGCAAUGCUUAGUUGGGCUUUAUCCCACCAAGCAAAAUUCUACUUGGAAUGCCAGUAAUUCAAAUGCUAGCUCGGUAACAGUAAAUAAUGUUUCGCCAACUAAAACGGAAAUGAUUGACAUAGUGAAAACACUAAACGGGGCCCUUGAGUUAACACAGGUAAUGGAAAAAACCCUCGAAUACGGCACUCAACCGGAUCCAGAUUCUGACACCCCGAAUCCGAUGGGAUUUUCCAUGAUGGUCAAUCAGAGGCUGCUGCCGCCCACUUUUCCACGUUACACCAAGAUUAAAGACCGGUCGAUUUGCAUUGUUUAUUUGGCGGAAUUUAUUCAACGACUGAAGCAUGCGUGUAAAAUUGUACACUGUUCCAACUAUCACAACGCACUGAAUUUCUUCAUGGACUUCAGCAAGAAGUAUGCACCCUGCCUGUUAUCACGACGCAUUCUGCAAGCUUUGUACUUACCAUCGCACGAUAUGGUUUUUGGCACGAAGAAGCUCACCGAGGUGCUGAAGGAAUCAGCUAAGGCUUUCAUUGCUCCACCCGUUCUGCUGCCAGACAAUCCUCUUUACAACAACCCAGCCGCUUGUAACUGUGUGGAUUCUUUCUUUGCCUACAACGAGCACACCUUCAGCGUACUAUUCGAAAUUUGCGGCUACAAUCGUGCUCGGCAGCGUGACAAGCUGGGUAUUAUGCUGUCCAACUUUGCCAAUCUUCAGGAUGAAGCCGAGCGGGUCGAUGCCUAUCUGCACUCGCUUUCGAUGAAAAACGAAAACCCUAGACAGCACCUAGCUUGCUUCGGAACUUGGGUAUUGUAUCACUGCCUACGCGCAAUGUCGUUCUUCCUGCUAUCGGGACUGGAGUUGGAACUGUAUUCAGUGCAUGAGUAUCUGUACAUUUUCUGGUAUUUGUAUCAGUUUUUGUUCGGCUGGAUUGUUUCGGCCUUGACUCGUGCAGAUACUUUCUUAGUCGAGCAGGACUACGCAGCAGACCCGAAAAAUGCCAAAGGAAGUCAGAAAAAACCUAAAGUUAAAAAACGCAAAGGAAAAACCGACGCCAAAGAAAACAUAUUCUAUCAAGCGAUGCAACAUAUGUGCGGAGGCUACUAUAAAGCUCUUGGUGGUUUCAUCGGAGAGGGGCGGAUUCCAGAACCGCUUCCAAUGUUCGACAACGAAAAGGUACGCUUCGAGCAUCGGUUUGCGCCCUUCGCAACCCUCUCGACGCCCCCGCCGAUGGCGUACGCCGACUUUAAACUGAUGAAAUCGUACAUGCUCAAAUCUCCCCCGGAGGAACUCUAUUCAUCGGCGUCAAAGCAUUUUCACGAUGCUCGCCUAUUGCUGGAAUCGUACCCAAACCCGGAUGAGGAGUGGCACGAGAUUGUAAAAGUAGCAAAAAUGAACUUUGUGAUGAUGAACCUUUUGGCUAGUGGGCUCAAUCGACAGUCAAAGGCACCACCAGAAUUUGAUUUCUCCUGUCAUCGAUACUUCCCGAUCAUUAAGCAUAAAAAGUGAACUAACGGUAUCUAUUUAUUAAAUGUUUGUCUUCGUGUGAUCGUAGUGUCUGAGUAGUUUCAGUCAUAAUGACACUCAGCUGUACUUGCAAUAAAAUUC